AUGCAAAAUUACUAUCAUUUACCUUUAUCUCCAAGAUAAUUUGUAAAUCACAACAAUUGUAACUUAAAUCAAUCUCCAAGACAUUAUACAUAAGUUCCUAUUACGUUAGUAUAAUAAUAAGCUUAAGUUGUUGAUUUAAAAUAGUAUGAACAAAAAUGGAUGAAAAAAAUAUAACAAUUAGAAGAAGAAUUAUCUUAUAGUUAACAAAAGGCUUCAUAUUUAGAAAAAGAAUAUGUAUGCUAAUACACACUAUUGAUAGGAAGAUUUAGCAUGUGAAGCUUAAGGUUACAAAGAAGAAAUUAAAAAAUUAAAAUCAAACCAAUAUCAGUGUGAUAAAUUAGAUUUUAUAAAUCAAAUGAGUAGAACUUAAGAAUAGAAUACUAUCAGUACAGCAUUGAAUUCUGAUAGAAGACUUGAUGAUAAAGAAGACAAUUUGAAAGAUUAAAUUAUUGAAUUACAAAAAGUCAUUAUCAAGCUUCAAAGAGAAUCCUCAUCAAAUAAAAUUGAAGCUAUUAAAUGGAAGAACAAAUAUAUUGAAAUUAAUAAAUUAUACAACGAUUUAUCAACAGAAAAAUAAAAACCAUGA